AUGGCGGGAGUGUUAUUUGAAGAUAUAUUCAAUGUAAAAGACAUGGACCAGGGCGGUAAGAAAUUCGAUCGUGUGAGUCGAUUGCAUUGUGAAUCAGAAUCGUUUAAAAUGGAUCUUAUUUUGGAUAUAAAUUCUUGGAUAUAUCCUAUGGAGCUGGGAGAUAAGUUCAGAUUGGUUUUGGCGACGACGUUACGAGAAAACGGAUAUCCGGACGGCGGGGAAUGGAAUCCCCUCGAAACGGAGGGAAAUAGGGCAGACAGUUUUGAAUAUGUUAUGUACGGAAAAGUUUAUAGAUUAGACGGUGAUGAAUUAGCCAUGGAACCGACUUCCCGAUUGUCAGCUUUUGUUUCAUUUGGCGGACUCCUCAUGAGGUUACAAGGGGAUGCUAACAAUUUACAUGGGUUUGAAGUAGACCAACACAUGUACUUGUUAAUGAAGAAACUAGCUUUUUAA